CGGCGGCGGGGAAGGCGGCGACGGCGGCGGCGGCGGCGGCGGUCGAGGGGGCGGUGGCCACGAGGCAGGGUCGUUGCGGGCGGAAGAGACGUGUGUGGCGGCGGUUAGGUCGCUGAGGAACAUCGUCGGGGUCAGUGACUACCAUCUAUUCCACACGAUGAGUAACAGCCACCCUCUUCGGCCCUUUACUGCAGUGGGGGAAAUUGAUCAUGUGCACAUUUUGUCUGAGCAUAUUGGUGCCUUGUUGAUUGGUGAAGACUAUGGUGAUGUCACGUUUGUUGUGGAAAAGAAGCGCUUUCCUGCCCACAGGGUAAUUUUAGCAGCUAGGUGCCAAUAUUUUCGAGCAUUACUGUAUGGUGGGAUGCGAGAGUCUCAACCUGAAGCAGAAAUCCCUCUCCAAGACACCACUGCAGAAGCAUUCACAAUGCUACUCAAAUACAUCUACACCGGGCGGGCGACACUGACAGAUGAGAAGGAGGAGGUGCUGCUGGAUUUUCUGAGCCUGGCUCAUAAAUAUGGAUUUCCAGAGCUAGAGGAUUCUACCUCUGAAUAUCUCUGCACCAUACUUAAUAUUCAGAACGUCUGUAUGACUUUUGAUGUUGCCAGUCUCUACUCACUUCCCAAGCUAACUUGUAUGUGCUGCAUGUUCAUGGACAGAAAUGCUCAGGAGGUGCUUGCCAGUGAAGGCUUCCUCUCCCUUUCCAAGACAGCACUUCUGAACAUCGUUUUAAGAGAUUCGUUUGCUGCUCCUGAGAAAGAUAUUUUCUUAGCCUUGUUGAACUGGUGUAAGCACAAUGCGAAGGAGAAUCAUGCUGAAAUCAUGCAGGCUGUGCGUUUACCUCUAAUGAGCCUCACUGAGCUUCUGAAUGUUGUGAGACCUUCAGGACUGUUGUCUCCAGAUGCUAUUCUAGAUGCCAUUAAGGUGCGGUCAGAGAGCCGAGAUAUGGACCUCAACUACAGAGGCAUGCUCAUACCAGAAGAAAACAUUGCAACUAUGAAGUAUGGCGCCCAGGUUGUGAAAGGAGAGCUGAAGUCAGCCUUGUUGGAUGGUGACACUCAAAAUUAUGACUUGGAUCAUGGAUUUUCCAGGCACCCCAUCGAUGAUGACUGCCGCUCUGGCAUUGAGAUCAAGCUUGGCCAGCCGUCCAUUAUCAACCACAUACGCCUCCUCCUGUGGGACCGUGACAGCCGGUCUUAUUCCUACUUUAUUGAAGUGUCCAUGGACGAACUAGAUUGGAUCAGAGUGAUAGAUCAUUCACAUUACCUAUGUCGGUCUUGGCAAAAGUUGUAUUUCCCAGCUCGCGUAUGUAGGUAUAUCCGAAUAGUGGGGACUCACAACACAGUGAACAAGAUUUUCCACAUUGUGGCUUUUGAAUGUAUGUUUACAAACAAAACCUUCACUCUGGAGAAGGGCCUAAUAGUUCCCAUGGAGAACGUUGCAACGAUUGCUGAUUGUGCCAGUGUGAUUGAAGGAGUCAGUCGGAGCCGAAAUGCCUUGCUGAACGGGGACACUAAGAAUUAUGACUGGGAUUCUGGCUACACGUGUCACCAGCUGGGAAGUGGAGCAAUUGUGGUUCAGCUGGCACAACCAUACAUGAUUGGGUCAAUACGGUUGCUACUCUGGGACUGUGACGAUCGAAGCUACAGUUACUACGUUGAGGUUUCCACCAAUCAGCAGCAGUGGACCAUGGUGGCUGACAGAACGAAAGUCUCCUGCAAGUCCUGGCAGUCAGUCACUUUUGAAAGACAGCCUGCCUCCUUCAUCCGAAUCGUUGGAACACACAACACAGCAAAUGAGGUGUUCCACUGUGUCCACUUUGAGUGUCCGGAGCAGCAGAGCAGCCAAAAGGAAGAGAGUAGUGAGGAACCGGGGACCGGGGGCCCCAGCACCCCCAGUCAGCAGCUCGACCCCCAUGCACGGCGAGCACCCAGCGCCAGCUCACUACCCCCGAGUCCGGGCCCCAACUCGCGUUCACCCAACCAACACCACCAAUAAAGGAGGCAGAGGACGCGGUGUGACUUGGGUGGGCCUGGGUGGAGCAGGAGUAUGCCUUCCCCCACUCCUGGGAGGAGCAGACUGACCUGGUGUUUCCCCAGGGGACCGAAGGGCACCCAUGUUCUCCCCACUCUUCAGGCAGUCUCCAGGGGAGGAAGUGGGUCUUGAUUCUUCAAGUCCACCAUCAGUCCUACCUCUAAUGUUACCAAGGUACCAGGGCAGUAGGAGUCUACAGACAGAGGGAACCGUAGGCCUUGACAACCAAAAAAGGGCCCAGCCCAGAGGGCCCCCUCGGCGGCACCCGUUGCCCUGGCUACUGGGUGGUUUGUUGUGUGGUUUUUCUCCCUCUGCUGAGACAUGGUGUUGCAAGCUUGUGGAACUUCUCUGGCCCUCUGCAGGGACAAGGGUCUUCCUCAGUCUCCAGUGCUUGCACGUGGGCAGAGCAGAGACUGUCCCUCCUAAAUGAGACCAGAUGCAGCUCAUCAGGGCACUUAGCCUGACCAGGAAAAUCCUUGAAGUUCAACCCAACACACAAUGUGCAAAUCAAUCUGUGGACACUAGAGUUAAUAACUGAUCAAAUUGCCACUUUAUUACCCGUCAUUCCUGAUGUGUACAAGCCUUCCAGUCUGGGAGGCCAGCGUGCCAGCUGCUAGAGGACCGCUCAGAAGCCUGUGUAGACAGGCACUGGGCAAUCCUAGGCUGGCCCUGCUGGGCCUCGUGGCUCAGCUGCCCUUGGCCCUGGUUCAGCCAACAGAUGGGGUGUCGGGACUCCACAGUGAGCCUCUCCAGCAUCACCCACCUGGGGAUGGAGCAGAGCAGUUUGUCUUAGCUGCAGUGCCACCCGCACCCUCUGUCACCUCCAUGCACAGCUCCUGCCUCUGCACCUGCCUGUUGCAUCCUGAGGCCCCAUGAAGUCACCUCAACACUUCCUGUGAGCAUGCUCAGAGGAGGGUGGGGCUUCAGGUCCCGUCCUGUUCCAGAAGUGCUCAGCUUUCUCUGAGCUUGACUUAAUUGGAAUGGGUUGUCCACACUGAAGAGGUGGCAGUGGGGCCUCGGGCUGCAAUGGAGCUCAUCCUCCUGUGAGUUCAGGCCUGGGGUGGCAGAGCCGGUCCUGGGGGAGAUGAGUUCACAGUCUGAACCUCUGGCUUCAUUCCUGUGCGGUGUGGCUGCCUCUGGUAAGGAGGAUGCCGUGGAUGGAUGGCAGGGUGCAGCCACUGUGUAUGUGGCGCUGCUCUUGGCAGCAUCCAGCCCCCAGUUGCCAGUUAGCCUGGAGAAUGGCCUGCUCAGCAUCUCUAGCAGGCAGGACCCUGCCAGUGCACAGGGAUACCCCGUUCUGUGGAGUUUGUGUCUUUUGGAAGAUAACGUGUGAGGGCUUGUUUUGUUCUUGUUCAGUUCUUUGCUUAAGAUAGAUCCUCCCUCUGUAGUCUAGGCUGGCCACACUCAUGGCAAUCCUCCUGCUUCAGCACCCUGAGUUCUGGGCUUGUAGUUAUGAGGUAGCACAUGCUGCCAUACACCUUCUUUGUAAACAUGGAAGGCAAGAUGCAGGCCUGGAGCCCAGCAGCCUCCCAGGAGCAGUGGGGCUGAGUUGUCAAGAAGCCAUGUUGUCCACCCCAGAUGUCACCCCCUACACCUGUCAUACUAGGCACUGGGUACUCAGCACUCUUGGCAGCCCAUUCCCCACCAUCUCAGACCCACACCUGUGGCUUCCUUUCUCCCUUCAGACAGUACUGCGUAUUCAGGUUGUAAGACUAGAGACUCUGGUCCCUUCGGCACUGGCAUGGUGCCCUCCCUCACAUAAGCAGGAGGGGAUGGGACCUCAAAGUCACAGGUGCCAGUGGGGAGUUCUGAGAACCAUAGCAAGUCCGCAGUCAUCUGAGAUGAUCCUGUGGCCACCCUUGGGGAGCCUUUCUUGAAUUGACACCUACUUAGGGUACAGGAGGUUGGAUACUGGUUGGCUUACUUCCCACCAGACCCUUGGCUGGUGAGCAUAUGCCUAGAGGCCAUGGCUACAUCUAAGAUAAGGUCCACAUUUCCAGAGGACGGAGACAGAGCCUGGCUUAUCCCCUCUUGUCCCCUGCAGGAUUCUCCCCUGGGGCCAACAGACUGGAAAUGAGACUUGAGUGUUGAGCUGAACUUAAGCGCUAAGGGCAAGUCAGGCUGCUGGAACUCGGAGGACCCUUGCACCAAGCAGCCCCAGCACCAUACUGGUGGAUUCGGACUCUGAGGACCCUUUGGGUGCCAAGGGGCCACAGUCAAGCCAUAGGGAACAGAGGCAGUGUAAGCCAUUGUUCCCUCAGGCCUGCACUUUCCUGUAAGGUCAACAGUGUGUGAACACAGCCAAGUGGGCUCAGCUUGGAGAGUGGCUACCAUGUGAUGCCUCUGGUGCCAGCUGAGAUGGCAGCUGCUUCCAGGUCCCCUGGGUUCUGCAGAGCCCUCUGUACCUUCUUUUGAUCAUGUACUUUAGGAUGGCAGGUGUCCUUGUUGUGGCUUUUGGAAGAAGUGUUCAGUGUCAAUGACAGGGGCUCCUGGGGGACCAUUUGGGGUGCUGGGCAGGGCAGUUUGGGCUCUGGGGUAGGUUUGAGGGUAGAUGCUGUCUAUGCAGCAGCUUCUGGCAGCCACAGAAGCGGUCUCACACUCAGCCUCAGAGUCUCCUAAGGCCUCGGUACUUUUCCGGUUGUGAUUUUAGAGGGAUUCCAAGCCCACUGUAGACAUGGGCUCUCCUCAAUGGCUCUCUCAGCUGUCACUUUCCCACUCUUAUUAAAUCAAGUGUCAAUUCCUGACAAAUACAUUACAAGUGUUUUAUUCCAGGAAGACCUAGGAAAAGAAAUUCUUUUCAGCGCGAGAGGGAUGUGUUCGUUGCACUGAUUCCCUGCACCCUCCUCAGGAGUUUUGAAUUGUGCAAAAAAAUUGCUCAGUAGUUAAGCCGUGUCCACAAUUGCAGACCUCUGUGUGCACAGCUAAGCCCUUCUCCCGUCCUUUCUAACUUAGAAGAUAACAGAACUGUAACCACAGCCUCUUGGGGGCCACAGGAAGAGGGUGAAAUCCAAGGCCAGAGUGGAGCUCGGCACUGAAGCGCCUCAGGCCAGCCCAGGAUGCAGAUGUCCCUCUGGAUGGGCACAAGGGUGCCAGGGAGAAGAAAAUCCUCCCCGUUAACCUCUGCUCUGCCCUGUCCCUCCUGCUGUGGUGAACAGAGCCUCAGAGCAGUGCUAAGCUGGCCUGGCACCAGGCACUGGCCAUGCUCUGGUGAUUGUGUAACAUGACCAUUGAUUCUGAGUGUUUACCCUGACAACACCUCUGGCAUUAGUGUUCCUGGGCACUACAGUGCCCUGUGCUACCAAGUGGAGUCCCCCAAGCUCAGGGUUCUGGGGUGGACAGAGGGAGGGGCGUGGCUGAAGCAGCUGUGGGCUGCUGGAAUGCAUCCAACUCUCCUCUGGACAGGGCCUUGGACAGCUCUUGUACUGGGUGAAUGAGAGGCGUGAACCCGUGUGAGCUGCGCUUCACGUCCCCAGGGCAGGGAAGAGCCCUUCCCCACCGUCUGCUCCUUCCUGUCCUGUUUCUCAUCCCUCACUUUGGAAAACCGCACAGGAAUGAAUGCUUGUUCCAGAAUACACUUUCAGCCUAGCAGAAGGCAGGGCCUCUGGCUGAGCCACUCCUGACCCGGGUCUGUGGCAUCACAUUCCUCUACUGCCCCUCCCCACACCCUGCUUUCCAGCCUCUGCUGCUAGAGGUCAGACUGAGGGGGGCUUCUGGACAGAUAGUUCCCACCCCCAGCCAAGGACACAGUCACCCCCUGUAAUUUAGGAUUAAUGGCCUCUCAGUACUUGCCCUUUGCAGCUGGAGUAUUUAGAGCCCUGGGCUGACCCAGGUGGAGUGGUGGCCCAGAGCCACACACCUGUCCCUGCCGCUGUCUCCAGCCUCAGCCUUCCCAAGGGCUAAGAUUGUCACCUUUGAACGCCAGUGGCAGUGGCUCUUUCUACUUUAGAGGUGGCAAGACAGGCUCCUCAGCCUAUUGAGGGAGACCAGCAGUGUAGAGGUCUGAAAGUGGGGUACUACUGUGAGUCCCAGGGGGACAGCCAGGGACAAGAUGUGGUCAAAGCGGUGCUGGAGAUGUAGCUGAGGUUCCUUCCCGACAGCCCCUGGUGGCUGCUUCAGGCUCGUGUUCCACCCUCUUCCAUUGUAGCUUGGCAUGGGGACAAGCCCAGCUGUCUGUCACAGGGAUAGCCCCUCUAAAAUAGGCUUCAGGCCAUACUCCUGCAAGGAUAGAGGGAACCUCAGCCAGGCCUGCUGGGGUCUUGGGAACCUAGGGCUAGGGAAGAUCUGCAUCUCAGAAAGUGGCCUUUUAGGACACCAUGCCAGCCAGAGAGCCAGGAAGCUCCUGAUGUCCCCAAGGCCACUUUAUACCUCUCCCCAGUGCCUGGGAAAGCAAGGUGACUGGCUUGAGUUGUGCCCUUGGAGGGUAGGUGGGUGACAGCCCCAUGGGUGGCCAUAGACAUGAGCCACUGUGACCAAACUUGUGUAGACUGGAUUUUCCAGAGAUGAGGAGCCACCAUGCUACCAUUCCUGAGCCUGUGAAGAUGGCGAGUGCGUCCCCAUACUCCUCCUGGGGCCUCCUGGAAGUUGGGUAGUGGUGGCCAUGCUAGUCCUGGGCAUGGCUCUCCGAGGACGUUCCCAGGAAUGUGUUCCUGGGGUGCUGUGGCAUCCUCACUUGGUAAGCUGUGUUGUAACCUACAGUUCAUUGUGUGCGCGAUGCCGCUGUGGGCUCACCACAGGAAUAAAGCAACGACUUCA